GAGAUACCGGUCGAUAAGCUGCCUAAAGUAUCAUGUGAUUAGUACGUCAACGAACAAGACAACAAAUAUUAAAAAUAUUUUGAUUAGUCGAACUAAUCCAAUUCGAGUAUUUUCCAAAGAUGAGCAACAAAAGCAAGAAGGCCACUAGCGGUGCAACAGAUGGAGGCCAACAAAAACUAGCCAAACAGCGCUCACAUGACUAUCAGGACUACAGCGCCUUUAAGGUGGUCCUCUUCUACUGCUCUCUGAUCGUAUUCCUUCCCGUGGUGACAUUUUUCGUGCUCAAAGGCUUCGUUCUGGAGCGCUUCUUCACCAUGUCAGAUAUUAAAGUGAACAUUGCCGCUGCAGUUGGCGCUGUUGCUGCACUGCACGUUUCAUUGGGCGUAUAUAUAUAUCGGGCCUAUUUUGGUGGUUCGAAAUCAUCCAAAGAAGACUAACUGGUUUCAACAACUCCGACUGUUCCAUAUGUAUCAUUUCCAAUUACAAUGUUUUAUGUUUUCGCUGCGUUCGUUUGUUAUAAG